GUGGAGCUUGUUUAUUCGCGCACGAAUGGUGUCAAACGUGACUGAUGCAUAUACUCGGAACGAGGCCCUCGUUCGCCUGUUUCACGUGAUUCCGAAUUUUGAAUAAUUAUCGACAAUAUGGAACUCGAGUGUAAAGUACAGACUUACGAUUGGGGAAAACGUGGCAUCAACAGCACUGUUGCAACAUUAAUGAAAUUUUCGAAUUUAGACUUUACAUUAGACGUAGAGAAACCAUAUGCCGAGUUAUGGAUGGGAACACAUCCCAACGGCCCUUCGUACGUCAAGAGAUUAAAUAUAUCUUUGGAAGAAUAUAUAAAAGAAAACAGUGAAGUACUGGGAGAGAACGUCGAACAGAUGUUCGGGCAGCACUUGCCAUUUCUUUUUAAAGUUUUGUCCGUGAACAAAGCAUUGUCGAUCCAAGCACAUCCAAACAAGGAAAAAGCAAGAGAACUUCAUCAACAGUAUCCUGGCAUCUACAAGGAUGCAAAUCACAAGCCUGAACUUGCGAUAGCUUUAACACCUUUCGAAGCUCUCUGUGGGUUCCGUCCGAUCAAAGAGAUCCAAGAGUUUCUGAAGGCCCUCCCAGAAUUACGUGCAACAAUUGGAGAAGAGAAAGUAGAGAAAUUUAUUGUAACUGCUAAAGACGACGGAGCAGAUCCAAAACACGACGAGGAUAAUAGUCUGAAAACGUGCUUUCAUAGUCUAAUGACCUGUGAUCCUAGUUUAGUGGCAUUCCAACUUAGAAAGUUGCUCGACAGACUGACCAAUUUAGAUGAAUCAACGAGGAAAUCCUUACACGCUGAUCUAUUAGAAAGACUGUACCGCGAUUAUCCGGGCGACGUAGGAUGUUUUGGCAUUUAUUUUUUUAAUUUUAUAAUGAUGCAGCCUGGUGAGGCUAUAUACCUCGGACCAAACGAGCCACAUGCAUAUCUUUCCGGGGAUUGUAUCGAAUGUAUGGCAUGCUCGGAUAACGUAGUACGCGCAGGAUUAACUCCCAAAUUAAAAGAUGUACCAACGUUAGUAGAUAUGUUAACGUACAUUUGCGAACCGGUUUCCGCAAAAAGAUUCGAACCUUGUCGCGAAGACGAAUAUACAGAAGUGUUUCGUCCUCCCGUGCCAGAUUUUGCUGUCGCCAAAAUUACAAUACCUGCUGGAAAACCGUCGUACAAUAUAAUUCCCAGAAGUACCGCUAGUAUUUUAAUUAUCAUAAGUGGAAAAGGCGAAAUCGGCCCGUCGAAGACAGUUCUGUACCGUGGUACUGUUACAUUCAUUCCGGCGGACGAAGAAAUUCACAUGACAGUUUUAUGUGGAUGUCACCCAAUGAUAAUGUUUCAAGCGUUCGUGAAUGUUUGAAGCACGUGAACAACAGUUAGAGACGCGGCAACGUCAGAGAGCUGGGAUCAACAUGGGGGAGGGGAAGUGACAACGACGGUCAAUGAUAAUGGGCGGUAUUCAUAGUCGUUACUUACUUUUAAGAUCGUCUUAAGCAUUUACUCAAGACCCAGGGAAUUAUACCGCCCAAUGAUAAUCAAAUAACUGGUCACUGAAAUGGACGGUGAAUUACUGUACGCACAACGUUGCGCGCAUCGCAACUUAUAUAACUUUUUGCUCGUUCUGUAUUCAGAGUCGUUGCUUAUAUUUAAGAUCGUCUUAAGUAUUUCCUAUCCCUGUCUAUCCCAUAUUUCUGUCUUGUACAGAAAACAGGAACUCGAGCAAAUGCUUACGGCGAUCUUAAGAACAAGCAACGACACUAAAUACCGGCCUUAAACUUGUCUUUCGAUUUUUAAUCUUCGCUCGUGCCAUGUCCAUUCCACAAUCGCGUAAACGUUAUUAACGCGCGCGCGCGUCUCAUUCCUAAGCUGACAAUAACAUUCUCUCAUAUCUUACGAUCUCGAUCAAGACUCGAUCAUAUCAAGGAAAUAAUUUAUUUUUAGAAUAACAUACAAACGCGUGUGCAUUUACUAUACCAGUAUGUCGUCUUUUACGCAGGUCCAUCAAAAAAAUAUGUAGUUUCCUUAAUAAAUUAUGUAUUCUGUAUGAAGAAUGUAUUUUUGGUGUGAAUUACAUCGCUUAUAAAUUUA